CGCUCAUCUCACUGAGCCGCUCGGUUCCAGUAGCCGAUCCGGGGCAGCGGGCGGAGAGCACCGGGUCACGCAGCUCCCGGGUAGUCUGUCCGCCAGCCCGUCUGCCCGCGCUUCGCGGGCCCUGCCGGUCAGGAUCAGAUCAACCAUUGACAUAGUCCCCUCUAACAUAGUCAGCUGAAAGCGACUUCAAGUUUCUUCAGGAUGCCUGCGGCACUUGUGGAGAACAGCCAGGUCAUCUGUGAAGUCUGGGCCAGCAAUCUAGAAGAAGAGAUGAGGAAGAUCCGAGAAAUCGUGCUCAGUUACAGUUAUAUUGCCAUGGACACAGAAUUUCCAGGUGUUGUGGUGCGACCCAUUGGUGAAUUUCGUAGUUCCAUAGAUUACCAGUAUCAGCUUUUACGGUGCAAUGUUGACCUUUUAAAAAUUAUCCAGCUGGGACUUACAUUCACGAAUGAGAAGGGAGAAUAUCCUUCUGGGAUCAACACUUGGCAGUUCAACUUCAAAUUCAACCUUACAGAGGACAUGUACUCCCAGGAUUCCAUAGAUCUCCUUGCUAACUCAGGACUGCAGUUUCAGAAGCAUGAAGAGGAAGGGAUUGACACUUUGCACUUUGCAGAGCUGCUUAUGACAUCAGGGGUGGUUCUCUGUGACAAUGUCAAAUGGCUUUCAUUUCACAGUGGCUAUGAUUUUGGCUACAUGGUUAAGUUACUUACGGAUUCUCGUUUGCCAGAAGAGGAACAUGAAUUCUUUCACAUUCUGAACCUUUUCUUCCCAUCCAUUUAUGAUGUGAAAUACCUGAUGAAAAGUUGCAAAAAUCUUAAGGGAGGUCUUCAGGAAGUUGCUGAUCAGUUGGAUUUGCAGAGAAUUGGAAGGCAGCACCAGGCAGGCUCAGACUCACUGCUAACGGGAAUGGCAUUCUUCAGGAUGAAAGAGUUGUUUUUUGAGGACAGUAUUGAUGAUGCCAAGUACUGUGGGCGGCUCUAUGGCCUAGGCACAGGAGUGGCCCAGAAGCAGAAUGAGGAUGUGGACUCUGCCCAGGAGAAGAUGAGCAUCCUGGCAAUCAUCAACAACAUGCAGCAGUGAUGGCGGCGAGGCUCUGCAGGGUGGGCCUGGUCCCAGAGUGGUGCUUAACGUGCUGACUGUGUAUACUUAUCUUCCUCCCCAAGAGAAGAUGCUUCUUUUGAGCAAACUGUACCUACCAUCUGCGUUGACAGAAAGACUUUUGUUUUGCUGAAGACAAAAGAUGUCUUUUAGAUCCGGAAGAAGGGAGUUUGCUCUGAAUUUGUAAACACGUCUUCCCUGUUCCUCAUCCCUAAGCCUCUCUUCUCCAGUUGCCUCCUGCCACCAGCAUCCAUGGCUCAUUUGACACCUUCUAAAAUCCAGGACAAGUCAGAAACAAACUAGUAAAAUGUAUAUAACUCUUACCUGUGUCAUUCUUUUUCUUUUAAAUUUGUUGCUAAUCUCUGAGGAUGAAGACUUCUUGCUGUGAUUCUCAGCUAAGCUGAGGGCUUCAAGGGAAAGUGGAACCAAGUGGUGGUCUUGUGAAGUGGGUUAUAGAUGUUGAACCUUUCCUUUCCUUCCUUCCUUUUCGUUUAUAUUUUGACCCUUCUCGAGGACAUUUGCUUUCCUCACACUUUGUUGGUCUUUAUGUAUUAUUCUGUGGAAAUGAAUUACUCAGUGCUGAAAUAUGAAGACCAGAUAAUGAAAACUUUCCUUAAAAACAAAAUUCUACUGAAUCUGUCUACCCUUUAUUCACAAGGAACUCCAGAAUGGGUAUUAAGUUAAGCACUUUCUUUAAGUCUGUGUUCCAUUGCGCCACUGAGAUUUGCUGUCACAUGUGCAUCAUUUGAAAUCAUUUUAAGUUUUCAUUUCAUAAAAUACCUUGGAUUUGAUCCCGAAGGAAACUACUAAGAGCAGGUUUUUGGAUCAUAAGUCUGUUACGUUUUCAGUAAUGUGAUUUCAGAUGGCCAUCUGUAUUCUCCUGCCUCUCUUCUCUGUUUUCCCUGCCUUUCCUUUUCAGCAAACUGAGGAGAAGUUAGGUAGAUGGAUUAUGGUGAGUACCAGCAAUGUGAGUCUUUAAAAAGUUAUAGUGGUUACAUGUAAACAGGACAGUAAGGAAUUUGGUUUAUAGGGUUCUCUUGGAGUAAUAUCCCACAACUGGGGUAGGAAGCUCAGGACUGUGAUUUUUUUUUUUUUUUUUUUAAACUAGUCAUUUAAAAAGUACACUGUAUUUUUUUUUGAAUGACUACAGUAUGGACAAUUUCAAAAAACCAAAAACCCCUUUGGAAUAGUGGAAAUGAAAACUGGUAACUCACUGAAGUGGUUGAAUAGUCUUGCAUAUUAAAAGCUUAUGGAAAACUCAAUUUAAAAUGAUUCAAAAGUGUCAAGUAUUAUAAGCUGGUAUUUAAGAUGCUUGUAAAUAUUAUUUAUGUUUUUAAUUUUGUAAAAUAAAGAUUUCUUUUUAACCACUGG